AUGCCUCCAUUUGCGGUUCCUCUGCAAUCGAUCCUUCCUGUGGUCUCCGGCCGAGUCAGAGAGUUGCCCAACUGCGAAGUCGAACCCUUGAGCCAGAAUGGGAUCUGCAACAUGUCUCUCCCCAUUCAUGAACGAGCCUUCGCGCUGGUCGAUGCCAUGACCGCGGGAGAGAAGUUCAAUGCAACGUCUUCGUACCAGCCAAAUAUUGAUCGCCUUGGUUUGCCGCCUCUCUGGUUAUGGAAUGAAGGCCUUCACGGAGUCGCCAGUAGCGUUGGGGUGAUCUUCGAGCCCAAUGGCAGCUACUCCUACGCAACGUCUUUCCCUCAACCUAUUCUCAUGGCAGCAGCGUUUGAUGAUGACCUGAUCCAUGAAGUCGCCGAGACCAUCAGUACCGAGAUGAGAGCUUUUAGCAACGGCGGACAUGCUGGUCUUGGAGUAUUCACGCCCAACAUCAAUCCAUUCAAAGAUCCCCGUUGGGGCAGAGGAAAAGAAACCCCUGGAGAAGAUCCAUUCCGGGUCUCAUCCUACACCCGAGCUCUACUGUCAGGAUUAGAAACAAGUGACGUUUCUGAAGUGAAGAAGAUGGUUGCCACUUGCAAGCACUACGGAGCCUACGAUCUGGAGUACUGGCACGACACAAACCGCUUCAUUUUCGACGCCAAAGUCACGACGCAGGACCUGGCCAAUUACUACAUGCCGUCUUUCGAGGCAUGUGCCCGUGACAUGCAAGCUGGAUCCGUCAUGUGCUCGUACAAUGCUGUGAACGGGAUUCCCAGCUGUGUCGAUGAAUGGCUCCUUACGGCCCUUUUGAAGAUGCACUGGGGUUGGAACGCCUCUGACCAUUUCGUAACGGGUGACUGCUUCACUCUAGAUGCUGUCUUCAAAGGUCACAACUUCACAGAUACCGCCGAAGAGACUGCCGCUGCUGCAAUCAAGGCAGGUACCGACAACGACUGUGGAGCGUUCUAUCCAACGUUCCUGCCAAAUGCCACUAGUCAAGGACUGGUGGACAUGGAAUCUAUCGACCGCGCAAUUGCUCGUGCUUACGGAGCAAUGAUCAAAGUCGGAUAUUUUGACCCCCCUUCCCAGGACCCAUACCGCUCUAUCAACUGGACGGGCGUGAACACCAACAAAGCACAAGGCUUAGCUCGCAGGGCUGCCAGUGCCGGUAUGACUCUUCUCAAGAACGUCAAUCACACUUUGCCAUUGAGAGGGAAGGACUCGGACGAGAAGUUGUCUCUUGCGCUUGUAGGGGACUGGGCAAAUGCAACGAAGCAAAUGCAAGGAGGCUACUCUGGAGUCGCCCCGUUCCUUCACUCUCCGUACGACGGUCUCCUGCAAGUCGAAGGGGUGGACGUCCAACUCGUGACAGAUAUCAACAACACGGCUCCUGCUCUGAAGGCAGCCCAAUCCAGCGACGUCAUCAUUUACGUCGGAGGGAUGGAUGAGCUCGUCGAAGCCGAAGGCUUGGAUCGCACAAGCAUUGCUUGGAACACUACCCAGACUGCCUUGAUCAAUGCUCUCGCCGACUUGGAGAAGCCUUUUGUGCUUGUCCAGACUGGAGGAGGUCAGCUCGACGAUAGUGCCUUCCUCUCCAAUCCUAGCGUUGGAGCCAUAUUGUGGGCUGGAUAUCCAGGCCAGGAUGGUGGCAAUGCCAUUGCAGACAUUCUGUUUGGCAAGGUUGCACCCGCAGGCCGUCUACCUGUCACACAGUAUCCGGCCAGCUACACUGAAGACAUUCCAAUGACCGAUAUGGCCCUACGUGCACACGCAAAUAGCCCCGGCCGAACGUACAAGUGGUACACAGGUGAGGCGGUGUUGCCAUAUGGCUAUGGACUCCACUACACGAACUUCAGCGUCAAGGCUUGGUCGAAGGGUCUCACAGGCCUCACUGUUAACCAGGUGGUCGAUAGCUGUGGCUGCAGCGAUAUCACACACAUCGACACAUGUAUCAUUGGAUACAUCCAAGUUGCGGUCUCUAAUACUGGCGAUGUGUGCUCCGACUACUCUGCACUCUCCUUUGUCUCUGGCGAGUUUGGACCUGCGCCUCGUCCUAUCAAGCAGUUGAUUGCCUACAAGCGUCUGAAGGACAUUGAGCCAGGCACUGUUGAGAUUGCGAGCAUGCCACUCACCCUGGGAGCACUGAGCCGUUGGGAUGAGGGUGGUCGACGGAUUUUCUAUCCUGGGACGUACCGUAUUGCCAUUGAUACGACCCCUGACAAAGCUAACUUCACCUUCGAAAUUACUGGGGAGGAGAGGGUCUUGGAGACUUGGCCAGAGCAGCGUCAGUGA